AUGCCCAACGAUGGCGAGGCCAAUGCUGCCCCUGUUGCUACCGCUUCCCAAGGCCAAGCCCCUGGCGGUAUGGGCUCAGGCCAAGCCAGGGCCGCAACAAUCGCUCGCCCUUCCACUCUCGCCGGUGGCAGUGCUCCUGGGGUCGAUGCCUCGGCGCUUCAUGCUCCACCUCAUGGUGAGGCGGGUUUAUCUCAGGGUCAGCCCGUCACGCCUGCCUCUCGGCGUCGCGCCCAUCCGAGGCAACCACGUGCUCAUGCUAGCACCACUCAACCCGCACCUUCAUCAUUCGUUAUGACCGCCGAAGGGCUAGUUCCUCGGAGUUCAGUAAGAGGCCCAAGCCAGGCUUCUGGAGUGACAAACCCUGGUUCUUCCUCUGGUCCCGCGAACACUGCCUCACAUGUACCCGACCCUCAACCCAGGCGGUCCAUUGCUCGUCCGAGUCAUGAUCAACCCCUUCGCACAAGUCCGGUACCACCAUAUCCUAGAGGUCCCAUUCCCAUUCCCCGAUCUGCUCGUCCUCGUCCUCCGAUAGAUCGCGAAACCCCUUAUAGACCCCCCACUCGCAGUGGUAGGGCUCGACAGCUGGUACCUUCUCCUAUCAGUCUGCUUGUUACUCCCCCUCAACGUACCCAAAACACGGAAAAUGCCCGUGCUGCUUUGCCAGUUGCUCCUUCAGGAGUCAAUAGACUUAUUCAUCACCCUAGUCUAGUUCAAGGCACCAGACAGGCCUUUCCCAGCUCUGCUCAGAGAGUGGGCUUGGGAAGUACAACUCAACCACCGGGAAAUAUUGGACAUCCAAGUUGUCGUCUAGGACAAGGUCCGGGCUAUUUCACCCCCGCUGGUUUCUCAUCACCUGCUAGUACCCAAGCACCUCCUUUUAAUGCAACUUCCGGAGGCUAUGAAAGCUCGAACCAUGCGGCUGGCAACUAUGGCACUCCCGAAAGCUAUGAGUUUGAGAGUAAUAGUGGCUUCCAGGAACAUGGCAGCAAUGAUAGAAGGCCGCAGGCUUUUACCCCCGGUGCAAAUGGAGAGGCCAGCGGCAACCAAGGAUCAGGCGCAGCAGACAGGCUGUUGAGGCAGACCGCAGAAAUAGAACCGGGAGCGGCGGAGACGGGGACGGUUUUGUGGCAGUCUCAUUUUAGGACUCAAUCUCCCAGACCGCCCCAGAGCCAGCAGGAGAUGUCCAUUCUACCUUCUAACCACCAAAGCCUUCAUGACCAGACGCAAUACGCAUUCCAGCAGUCAGUACCUGCUCAUUCUUCUCUUGCGCAGACAGCUCCGGUUGCUCCGAAUGCCAUCUCAAAUCACGAUGGCGGCUGGGGAUUUCCACCGCAGCAUCACAUGAACGGUUUUGAUGCCCCUGGUCACAAUUGUGAGGACCCAAAUGCGCAAGAGCAGCCAUACAUGGAGCAGCCUCUUGCAAACCAAUACGGAUUUAACUUGAACGGCAUUGAUGCCAACGCGUUCUUUGGAGGGGAAGAGUUCGAUGCUCUUGGUGCCGAGGCACUUUCCAACUAUCAAGACCUGGCUAAUAUGCAGACUCCAGGAGUGGGGAUGACACAGAGCACGGCCGGAAAUGGGAACGGGGAUAUGAGUCUCAGGGUGAAUGUGGUUGAGGACUACUUCGCCGAUGUCAACUUCGAACCUCCCAGCAACCUGCAUCAAAAUGCAUCGACCUCUGCCACCAACAUUCACCAGGCCAUCGAUCCAUUGGGACUCAACAGUUUACCCUACGACCAGAACCACAUCAACGCAAACCACCUCAACAAUCCGAUCUACCAUCAGCAGACAGCCGAAGAUGUGGCGGCCACCAACCUAGCCGAUGUAACAUACGACCAGCUGGGCAACAACACGGCCGUUCAGGACGAAGGGCCUUCGACAGCUGACCACGGCCAUAGCGGAGACAGCGAUGGGGGCCAGGAAGCUUCCUUCGACACGGUCAACGAUGAGGGUAACGAAGUCGACGAAGUCGAUGACGACGACCUGUUCGGUGACGGUCUUCUUGCCAGUCAUGACGAAGCCGGCGAGAUCAAUGACGAUGACCUAUUUGGCGACAGUUUCCUUUCUAGAGGUAGUCAUACUUCUGACACUGCUGGAAAUCCCGGUAACAAGAUGAAGAGGACAAACGGCGAGAAGGAGGAUGAGCACCCUUCUGCUCAACGUCCUCGUCCGGCAUAA